AUGGCUGCUUAUGUUAACCGUACGAUAUCGAUGAUGGCUGGCGACGGGCCACAUAACGUCGCGACGCUCAACAAUGGCGCCGUCCGCGUUAACAUGACCAAUGUGGAUUCCCCGCUUCAGAUAUUUGUAAGGGCAAAGAAGAAGAUCAAUGACAUAUUCAUUGAAAUUGAUGACUAUGUCAAAGAUGCGGUAACAUUUAUGCAUGCUGUUUCGGGCGAGGGGAAGAUCGCGACCACGCAGGAUGUGGCAAACGUCGAGGCAUACGUCAGCAAAGUCGAAGCCAUACGGGAAGUUCUCAAACGGGAUCACAUGAAAGUGGCCUUCUUUGGCAGGACUAGCAACGGCAAGAGUACUGUGAUAAAUGCUAUGCUGCACGACAAGAUCCUUCCUAGCGGUAUCGGCCACACCACCAACUGCUUCCUGCAGGUGGAGGGGUCCGACACUGACGAGGCCUACAUGCGCACGGAAGGCUCAGAGGAGAAACUCAAUGUUCAGUCGGUGAGCCAACUGGGGCACGCGUUGUGCGCCACCCGGCUGCAGGAGUGCUCGCUGGUGCACGUGCACUGGCCCAGGGAGCUGUGCGCGCUGCUGCGCGAUGACGUGGUGCUGGUCGACAGUCCAGGGGUGGACGUGACGCCCAACCUGGACGAGUGGAUCGACCGCUACUGCCUCGACGCGGACGUGUUCGUGCUCGUGGCCAACGCGGAGUCCACGCUCAUGGUCACGGAGAAGAACUUCUUCCACAAGGUGUCUACGAAGAUAUCGCAACCGAACAUUUUCAUACUGAACAACAGGUGGGACGCGUCCGCUUCGGAGCCAGAGUACCUCGAUCAGGUGCGCACUCAGCAUGCGAACCGAUGCGUGGACUUCUUGUCGCGGGAGCUUCGCGUCUGCACCCCGAAGGAGGCAGAGGAGAGGAUCUUCUUCAUCUCCGCUAAGGAGGCCCUGCUCACCAGGAUGCGGGAGAGGGAGAAACCAGUCUCGUCGCCCGUGCUGGCGGACGGGCACCAGGUGCGCUACUUCGAGUUCGUGGACUUCGAGCGCAAGUUCGAGGAGUGCAUCAGCCAGUCGGCCGUGCGCACCAAGUUCGCGCAGCACUCGCGCCGCGGCAAGAACAUCGCCGCGGACGUCAUGGCGGCGCUCGACCUGGUGUAUAACAAGGCGAGCGACAUGAAGUCGUCCAAAGUGGAGAAGCAGCGGAUCCUACACGAGCAGCUGUCCGCCGUCGAGGAGCAGCUGACCGCCAUCACGCGCCAGAUGAAGGACAAGAUUGGAAGAAUGGUCGAGAGCGUCGAACACAAGGUGUCGCUGACGCUGAGCCAGGAGAUAAGGCGGCUGUCCGCGCUGGUGGACGAGUACGAGGCGCCGUUCCGCGGCGAGCGCGGCGCCCUGGAGCACUACAAGCGGCAGCUGCACCGCCACGUGGAGGCGGGCCUCGGCUCCCGGCUGAAGAAGCGCCUCUCGGCCGACAUCGGGCAGGAGCUGGACGACGUGCAGAAAGAGAUGGCCGAGCGCAUGUACAACAUCCUGCCCGUCCACAAGCGCGCGGCCGCCGCCAACUACAUAGUUCCGCACCAGCAGCCCUUCGAGGUGCUGUACCGGCUCAACUGCGACAACCUCUGCGCCGACUUCCAGGAGGACCUCUCCUUCCGCUUCUCGUACGGCAUCACCGCGCUGAUACAGCGCUUCCAGGGCAGGAACGCGAGCAGGAUCGCGCUCAAGAACCCGCCGCAGUACACGCCGAUUCCGGCGGUGGUGAGUGGGCCAGGGGGCGCGGCACCCUGCACGGAUGUGGUGCGCCGCAGCGGGGGUGCCUCAAUGGGCCCCCUCAGCGCCGAGGAGUGGGGCCUGGUCUCGCGCUUCGCCCUCGGAGCCCUAACCUCGCAGGGCACCAUGGGCGGCCUGCUGCUCUCCGGACUGCUGCUGAAGACGGUCGGCUGGCGGGUGGUGGCCGUGACGGGGCUGGUGUACGGGGCGCUGUACGCGUACGAGCGGCUCACGUGGACGGCGAAGGCGCAGGAGCGGCUCUUCAAGCGGCAGUACGUUGCGCACGCGAGCAAGAAGCUGCGGCUCAUCGUCGACCUCACGUCGGCCAACUGCAGCCACCAAGUGCAGCAGGAACUAUCGACGAUGUUCGCGCGUCUGUGCCGGCUGAUAGACGAAGCGACCACCGAGAUGGACUCCGAGCUGUCUGAGGUGCGAGACGCCAUCAAGAUGCUGGAGGAGGCGUCCACUUCGGCGAAGAAGCUGCGAAACAAGGCGCACUACCUCAGCCACGAGCUGGAGCUCUUCGACGACGCCUUCCUCAAGAACAAC